AAACUGAAAUUACUCUGUACUAUUUAAACAGACAUGUAAUUAGCUUUGACUUUUGUUCUCAGUUAAUUACUGGUUUGUACUGGUUUUCAAAAAAAAACAUCACUUCCAGGUGUGGCUCUAGCAUUUCACACAACUCAAAAACAAAACAGUGUCCUUUACUGGCCUUAUUGUAUUAUGGCAUAUCUGAAACUUGAUCAUCUAGUUCAUGUAAAGUGGGUGUGUACCUGAGGACAUCCUGGUUCACAUCUCAAACAGGUUUUGUAUUCAGUGUGUGUGGAUUAAUAAGCAUAGAGGACACCACUGAAGUGCUUAAAAUGACAAUAUAAUUUAUAAUAUUUACUUUUUACUUUUGUUAGCUUUGUUGGUGCAGAAUGAGAUUCCGAGAGACUCUGCAGCUGGGCGCCCUGAUUAUUAUUUUCCUGAUAACAUGGAUACUCUCCAGUAAUUCAUUUGAUGUAAGUAAGACAGCAAGGGACAUUUUUGGAAUAGAUUAUGAAGAGAAGGUUGAACCCACCACUCCGGCUCCAAAGAUAAAAUGUGAUUUAUCAAGGAACUGUCCAGUGGGAAACUUUGCUUUGCGCAUCAAAAGUGGUGCAGCUAAUGUUGUGGGGCCAAGUAUAUGUUUCGAAGGUCAAACAGUAUUGAGCCAUAUUAACAACAAUGUGGGACCAGGAUUAAACUUUGCAGUGGUAAACGGGGAGACUGGAACUGUGGAUAAAGUUGGAUUUCUAAACUCUAAAGAUGGCCGAUCGGAAGACAUUUUGGACUAUCUCAAAAAGAUCGAACCAAAGAGGAUUGUUUUGCUUGCUUCGUUUGAUGAUGUGACACCAAAGCUGACAGAUGAAAUAAAGAACGUUUUGGAAAGCAUGGGGAGCACUUUGAUCAAGACAGUAAAAAACAGAGACAACUGGGUGUUUGCAGGGGUUGCAGAAGGCAAUUUGAAAAGCCCAUUUGAAAAGGUGUCUGAAAAUAAACCCGGGGAAAAUAUGUACGAGGGUUGGCCCGAGGUAGUGGAGAUCAGCGGCUGUUUUCCACAGACCAGCCCACAGACUUAAGAAAAAAUUAUAUUAUCUUUGCUACUCAGAGCUGACUCAGGACUCUUUGACAGUUCAAUUCUUGUAGUUCUGUUAAAUCAUACCAGGUGAAGAUAGUCGGAAAACUAUCUGCCACUGUAUUGUGUACAGGAUGAAAAUGCCCAUGUUUUUUAGCCUAAGUCAUGAAAAGCUUUUUGUAUACUACAGUAGAGUGAAAAUAAAAUAAAUACUCAAAAAGGAAUAA